AUGAAUACCACUAACGUAUACCAUUUCUAAUUGUAGUGGUACAUGGAUAUGCUUUCCUCUCAGGCUAGUCGGUGUAUUGUGAUGGCCAGUUCCUCCUCCAUCUUGGGAAAAUGGGAAAUCAGGUCCUGCAACGAACCACACGGCUUCAUCUGUCAGCGUAAAGUUGACUCAGGCAUCCCAGUCCCGACACCGACAGUGUUACCUAGAGGCUGGGUGAAGCUGGCCAACGACUCCUACAAGGUGCUGCCCCAGAACAGGACAUGGCCCGAAGCCCGGAUGCAGUGUGAGGCUGAGGAGGGCCAGCUGGCUAGCACCCUGGAUGAACUGUCAGUAGCCUACCUGGAGCUGCAGGCUCUGAAGCUGCAGACACCACUGUGGAUUGGACUCAAUAGGAAUGAGCCGUCCGCCCACGGCCCCACCCCAGUACCCUGGGGAAUGUAUCCAGGAGGGCAGGAGGAGAUCAGUG